GCAUCGUACGUGUAUAGACAUUGCUGUCCCUGAUGGAAAUGUGAAAGAUUGCCAUUGUACAUGUGCGAUCCCCUUGAGUCCAAGGGUGUCAAUUGAGUCUUCAAAAUUAUAAGUGUGGCUUAACAAGACCUGCACCAACGUGUUAUUCAAGCAAGACAACAAAUUGAUCAUGUCUCAAGACGAGCACUCGUCCGCCUGUUAUGAUUCAAUACCAAUUGCGGGUAUGAGAUUGACUCGAUAGGACAAAGUCAACUUAGCUCCAUGGGAGUGACAGUGUCCCAGGCGCGUGGGCAGCUGGACGCCUCGUUGGUCAUGCGCCUCCUAUGCUCACGUUUGUCGAGGGCCGAUAUGAGACAAUGGCUGAAGCAAAUAACCCAUCGACUCAAAAGCCACGGCGAUCAUGAUAACUCGGAAUUAUUUCCUUAUUCUGCGGGGAAAAUCCAGCAUUCCAGUCUGGAGUUGUCCAUGUUGCUUGAGAGCCUAGAGAGCCUCAAGAUAGGACCCUUGUCCGCCCGCGAAGAGAGCCCAGAGUUUGUUUGCCCCUUCUUCAAUUUGUGGCUGUCGACAAGCACACUGCGGCUUUUGAGUUUAGGGCUAUCGCUAGAAAAAGCAGUUCGUGCAUUGCGUCAGCUCUGAUGGUGAGCACUAGGCACAUCUUUCUAGAGCCUAGCUGCCGUUUGAGGAUGGUUGGUGGAAAUUGGACUUGAUGCUCAGAGAAAAUGCAUUGUGUCGACUGGCUGACGAACCCUUCAAGAUGUUCGCAAGUCGGCAGGCGAGUGGGUUGCUGAAUGAAAGCAAUGGCAAAUUGACUGGUUCACAUGCUCAAGUUGCUUCCUCUUCAUAUCCAUCCAACUGCAUCUGCAGUCAGAUGCUUGAGAAACACCAGAGAUCAAGGGAUAUCCUAGUAUAAGAGAACUCUGAAGGAAGUGGGAAGAAGGAACAACUCCGCUUUUCUCGACAGUCUCGUUUCAGGUAUGAGUUACGAGAGUUCCUGAGAUGGUUUCGGUCUCUGGAACAACCCGAUGCCAAUGCUCAAGGAAACAGGUUCACGAGGAUCUGGGCUGAGUACAUGUUUGUCAGCGUAUUGGGCCAGGCAAAAGAUAUCCAGUGGCCACGAGCCAGCCUUAUCGAGACAAGCGAGCACUAGAAGCAGGGGUGCAAGUUAAGUUUCUCUGCAUCGCGGGCCAUUGCCCCAACACGAGGAGGAUCUGCCUUUGGCGUUCUGGGAACUUGGUGUGAGUGCAAAUUCGCAUCUGGAACAUCUGAAUGGUGCCCGCCUUGAGGCGAGAGAUGCUCCAAGUCCAAGAUGCCUCUAGUUCUUGAGCUGGGCCCCACUAUCAGACGCAAGCGCUUCUUCGGAUCUUGAUCGAAAAGCUCGUCGACCGAAAAACAUUCCGAUACCCAUGACUUUCGGCGACGGUGGAGGCAUAAUCUCAUCAAAUCAGGUCAAUCGUUUCAUCCGACCCCUCAGUAAAUGCGAGCAAGGGGCGGCCAGCUGCUCCGCUUUCUUCAGGCAGAG